AUGAAAUGGACUGGAUGUAUCGUGGCGGUGUACUGCUGUGUGCUUUUUGCAGGCUCGGUCGACGGUGGCAUUUUGCGAUGGUGGAACGGUUGGUGGAAAUUCCACCGUCACCCGUUCGUCGGCUCUAGCCUCAUCUUUGAAGACUGCGGCACCAAGUACGAUGUCAUAUCUAUUAAUCUGUCGAGUUGUGCAACCGCACCGUGUACGAUGCAUCGUGGCGCAAACGUAACCGUGAAGGCUGAAUUCACUUCCAACGGUGCAUCGACGGACAGUGUGCUUAGGCAUGAAGCGUACUUCAUACUGAACAACGUUAAGACGAAAGCCGUUAUCACACCCACCACCUGCGAGGGCACCGUCUGUCCGCUCCAGGGCACGCAAGGACUACUGUUCUCAGCGAACAUCUACGUCAAUGCGGAUCUCCCACCGAUUAACGGAAAGCUUCGCUGGGAGUUGAAAAAUAAAUCGGGUGAAUUGCUGCUCUGCUAUCAGCUACCAGUAUGUAUCCAGUGA